AUGCCCUUUCCGAUUUUUGCAGGAGUUUCGGCCAUUGAUCGCGAAUUGGUUGAUUACAAGCUAGUGGCGAGUGAUCUCAAGGUUGGAGUGAAUCACUUAGCUCUUGACGAGGAGCGCAUUCGACAAGAGCAAUUCUUUGAAGGAAUUCGCGAUCUUCAGCAGCGCAUUUCUCAGAAUCCAAAUUAUCAGGAACGAUACGGUGAUGAAGUGGAGAAUUUGAAAAACGGAAUUCGACUGAACGCCGAUGUUCUCAGCUACUUGAAGAGCAUUACCAAACUCGAAGUACCACUUACGGAUCUGACAAACAAGCUCACGCAGGCUGCAAUCGACGCGAGUUCUCCUAAGGCUGCAUCCCAGGCUGUUUUUGCUAAUAAGGCUCUCACGGAAAAUGUUAACAGCUGCUGGGAGUAUAUCGCUCAGUUGUCUUUAAUCACUCAAGCCCAUCUUAAGGACGCAGCCUCUUAUCAACAGUUUCACCACAUGGCCAAUGAGGUUGAUGCCCACAUCGACAAAAUGAUCGGACUAGCGGAAAUGAAGAUGGUUCUCUUUGACCCUCAAGGGACUGUCGAUGAGUCCACUUUGCUUGCCAAAGAACUCGAGGCUGAUCACGUUGAGUUGGCACGCACGUGGGAGCAGACAUGUCAACUCACUGACAUGGCGCGCCACAUGAAGCCUCUGCAAAAUCGUCUAUCCCGAGUCGUGUGUGGACGAACCGUGGAUGCGCCUGAGAACGCAGCCCAACAGGUUGUCAUGGUGAAGGCGCUGAUCGACUUCUCAGGACCUGACUUCGCCAUACGAAAGGGCGAGGAGAUGAUCCUAAUGAACAACGAAAAUCCCAACUUUUGGCGAGUGAAAACGAUCUUCGGGGAGCGUGAAGUGCCCUCCCUUAUUUUCGCCGCAAUAGGCCCCAAUCAAAAUGAGGUGUUUAGGGCAAACAGCCUCCAAAAAAAGUGUGUCUCCAAUUGGAAGCGCGUUUUGGAGCGUACAAAGGGCAGGCUGGUGAAGUACUACGCCACUCUCUUUGAGCGCUGCUGCCAAAACGAUGUGGUCUACUUUGCCCACGAAGACGAGAUGAACGCCUUCCUCGACGAUGUUGACAGCAUUCUGAUCGCGCCCAACUACGAUAGCGGGAUUCUCCAUCGCGCAUACGACAAGUUCACUAACACUCUGAUGCUUCUUUCACCCAAUCGGCGACCUCCGCGUGGUGCGGUGGCACUCACUGAGUCGGACAUCCGGGUUCUUCACACACCACUGCGCUUGAUACUCAACCAUGCGGCCCGCAUGGAUCAAGUUCAGGCACGAGUCACCAUGACUGCUGACGAAGUGCAACGCUACCUCAAAUCUGUCGAGGAUGAGCGUCAACACAUCCUAAACGAGAUCACCCGCAUGGAGCAGUUGCAAAAGGAGAAGGAAAAUCAACUGAAGAGUUUAGCAGAUAGAAUGGCAGACUGGAAGAGCAAAAGAAAGGCCUUUGAUAGGAUCAUCAGCGACUACACCUCCGAGCCCAUCGAUGAUAUUCUAAAACAUUUUCCUUCCACCCGCCUUGCAAAACCAAAUGUGAUCGAAAACGACUACCGCAGUUCCACGGACCGCGAUGAAACCGAUACCUACGAACCUUCGAAUAAAGUCCGUAAUGCCAAAAUUAGUAGUGAGAGCUCCUCCCUUGAUUAUGGACAAGUGGCAAAGCAAAUGGUAACCUCACACGCUCGUUCCAAGCCAAGUGGAAUGAAGUUCGCGGGUGUUGUGACUCAAGAACGUACUGAUAGCAAGAUCCCGACUGACAACUCAAUGCGUCUAAAGAGAAGUGCCAGCACCAAUGAUCUUCAGACCCAAAUUUUCAGGGUCACAACGAGCACAUCAGCACAGUGCGAUGGGAACGCUGGUAUAUCUGAGUCGAACGUUGUUUACAACACAGAAGCAAGACGACAAACCCUCCUUGGUAGCCAUUCCAACUCUGUAGCACGGUUGAAAGCUGAACUCAAUACUAAGAAUGAAAAAUAUCAAAAUACCACUGAUGUUCAAGCGCAGAUUAUCCGGGUAACGAAAAACGCCGCUUCACAAGUGGGAGUACGUGUGAUGCCAAAGGCGAUUGAUCUCUCUCGUGUGGACAUCGAUAAUCUCGGCCUGGAGGUACAAAACAGUAGUGAAUUAACCGGACUUGGCCUUCGUGUGGGACAAGUUUUAUGUCCGGUAACUGUCGGAACGUCGGUGGAUUUAUUCGAAGGUCCCGGAGUGCAAGUUAUGGGUAUUAACGACGUUGACUCUAUUAAUCUGCAAUUGAGGGACUCCGUGGCCCAUGCAACUACAGAUGCCCGCAAAAGACUAAAGGUUCGUGAUGUACAGGCGCAAAUAGUCUCAAGAUCUAACAGUCCAGCCACAGCAUCGAUUCGAGAGAAUCUUCUCGGUGAUACUCGGGCCAGAGAAGCCUUGCAUCGUGAUGUUCAAGCGCAGAUUGAUAUUGUGAACAAGGCUGUGAAGGUACAAGCCGUGGCGGUGAUGGAGGUUGUGAAUAUUUCUUCACAGAAACCAAAGAAACGAAUGGUCGAGGGUGCAACCACAUCAUUCUGUCUUUUGCCUGAAAAGUGCACAAAGAGUAUGGAACUUACGACAAGUGAGCCUUCAACUUCUACUGUCAUGACCCAAAUUAGUUGUCUUUUGCAUUCUCGGGGAAUCCACACAGAUCUGGAAUCGUAUCUUUCUGACUAUAAAAAACGGAAUGGGAUCAUCUCAGAAACGUCUGAUUUGUGCGCACAGAAGCAGUAUAUUGGAAAAGUCAUGAACAGGGAAUCACAAUUUACUAAUUCUGUGACAGGAAACAAAGUGUCUCAUGGGAAUUUGAAAUCCAGCGAUGCUGAAACGCUUAUAUGCAAAGUGGUACACGACACCGGUACCCAAGUUUCGUCAAAGCUCGUUCCAACGGAGGUAACCUUGAGUAAGAUUAAGACGAAGAACAUGGAAGUCUCGUUUGUCAAUCCACUGCGUAAAGUCGAUCUUGAUGUACCAGUUGAUUCACUCAUUUGUCCUGCUGAUAUGAAUUUCCGAUCUGAGCUUUAUGAAGGAAGCGGCUUCGAAAUAGCUGACUACAGCGGCUUAAGUAACAUCCUAGUCACGCACGAUGGUUCGAUUGCUAGGGGUUCCGUGGUACUGGACGAAACUUCGGUUGAUAGCGGAGAUUUACAAACCCAAACCGCCGGCAAAUUGAAAACACAAGCAGCAAUUGUAUUACGAACAGAUAAAACAAAAAGUGCCAUAGGGGAGGUUGUUGUGAGUUCAAAAUACGUUCCAAAAUUGAAAUUUGUGGCAGCAGAUAUUGCAGCUCCUUCGUUUCAUACACCACAAACUCCAACAUCUGACUUACAGACACAAAUUUGCGACACGAUUCGACCAACAGAUGCUAAUAAAAAGUCCAAAGACUUGAAUGUUAAUGCGACCGACUUUACUCGAAGGCACAGUAUGGUGGAACACGAUUACUCAACUAAGUGCAAACUCAAAACGCAGACAAAUGUCAUUAAUAUGAGUGACCAAAAUAUUCAGGUGAUUGGUGAGGUAGUGUGCCCUAGAUGCCAUCAAAGAUAUCGCGAAAUCCAGAUGCAGUUCGACUCCGAUUUUAAAGCUGAUAAAACUAAAAAGUUUUCAACCCAGACGCAAAUUUGCAACGUCGUUUCGGAUAUUGGCACACAAUCCAGAGCAAAAGAAAUGUGCGAUGGGCACACAGCUCAACAGAGGAGCCCAGUAUUCAUCGAUGCUGAUAUGCAGGUCGCCGUAGAGCUAGUACCAACGGAGAUUUCAAUAUUACGAUGCGACAUUGAAAAUAUGGAACUGGAACUUGAGGAGGAGAGUGGUAGCAGUGCAUACAAAGUACUAAUGAAGUCGGUGGCAUGUCCAGCAAAGGUGAAGGUGAAGCCACACCUAGUGGAAGGUUCGGGUGUGCAUAUUGUCGGAAUAAAUAACGCAAGCAAGAUUGGGGUUACUGUUUGUUCUGAUACCACGAGUGAUACAAAAAGAAAUAAUAGCCUUGCAAACGGCAUUGAUAGUGAUGCGUAUGGGGAGCUGCAGGCAUCUGUUACCUUUGAACCUCCUGUAAGGACGAUAAGUCUUUAUCAAGGGGAACAAAAUCCCAGCAAGUCAACACAGCAAAGCCCUAUUCGGCUGAUACCGCGGAGACUAGAAAGCCAAAAAUCUGUGUCAUCAGAUACGGUCACUCAAAUUUUCUCAGUAACCACAGAUGCAUCAGUGCAGGUGGGAACGCAGCUUGUCCCUCAGGCCAUUGGAAUCUCACCAGUGCAUUUGGAAAAUAUGGUGGUCUCGAUGACAAGUAAAAGCAGAAAGAGUGACCAGACUCUGUCCGCAUCGACACUGCUAUAUCCCGCCCAGGUUGAACUAAAAGGCAGGCUCAUUGAUGAACAGAGUGGUAUUGAAGUUGUUCCGUUGGAACAAGUUAAAGUUUUAAACAUGAGUCGUUCAGAAGUGGAUCCUUUGGUCCAUUAUGCGCACCCUUCGAGUAAUUCGGAUGCCAUUACGCAGAUUGAGACGCAAAUACCAGAAAGCAAGAAGUCGAACCUCCUUCCGGCCAGUCUUGUGAUGGGAACCGGCCAAUUCGAUGGUCGUCGCAGGACUCCUGAGUUCGCGUCCCAAUCUCUUGUUUGCAAGCUUCUUUCUGAUGCAAAGGAAUAUCAGGAUUUGACCAUUCGGCUCAAGCCCGUGCCCAAAAUGAGCUCUGAAUGCAUUGGCGAUGGAGCGACGCAGCACCUUGGAUAUGUGGCAGUUGAAGCAAAGACACAGAAUGCAGUCAUGACAACACAAAAAUUGGGCGAAAUCUACCUUCCUGUUCAAAAGACACCCCCUUCAGACAUACAGCGGUCUGUUAAAGUUCAGGUUGGUACAAAGCUAGUUCCCAAAGCGCUUAAGAUUUGUCAGAUACCUAUCACAAAUCUUAAACUAGAAUCCACGUCUCCUUCACUGAAGGGAAGGCAAAGCUUCUCUCUUCAGGCUGCCCGAUGCCCAGCAGAAAUUACUAUGAAAACAGAACUUUGUGAAGACAGUGGGAUUUUUAUUUGCUCACUUGAUCAGUCAGAAGAAGCUGAAGUUGGAAUGUCUAGUGAACCGGUACACACUUUGGACACCCCCCGAAUGGUCAGUGGGGAGCAAUUAAGUAAAAAAAUUAAUUUGGUUUCUGGUUGUUGGAGCAGUACGGCAAACGAUCGAGCUCCACUGCUUGAAAGUAAAUCUAUGCAGAACGCUGUCAUAAGGCUGCCUGUUGAAGGAAUUCAGGCUACUUCAAGCAAUCUGUUCUCAAAUGAAAGUAGUCUAACGUUGCAAGCAGAAACUAUUCUCAGACCAGAAUGUAAUGAUUCCUUCAAUCAAAAGAACUUGAUUCCCACCAGCGACCCAAAUCCGCAGCUUAAACUUGUAGCGGUUAAUGCGAGCACUCAAAGUACUUCAAAAUCUGUCAUGGAAGCUGUCAAUGGAUCUCCAACGCCAUAUCGACAAUUGUCCGCAGCAAACUCUAGCAUGGCCAGCCUUCUUGGGCCAGAUAUGAAUGAUCAUGGAAUUCAGGUUGGUGUAAGACUAGUCCCUACUAGCGUUGAGAUCAAACCAAUAAAAGUGGAGAAUAUGGAGGCUGUUUUGACAAGCAAAACUACCCGAAGUUCCAACGAUAUUGACGUCAGUGCUAUUCUUUGUACCUCUGGUAUCCACUAUAACGAAGUGCUAGCUGAAGCCUCAGGAGUUCACGUUGUCCAGAUCGAUAACGGCGAUGAUAUCUCCCUUAAUUACUGUGGCGAUCGCUUUACAACCAGUAAAAUUGUAAGGAAAAAUGGUGAAAUUGCCAGUUCAAGUGCUGAUGGAAACAGAUCUUGGAUGGAACAUGGUGUCUUUUCAAAAACGUCUGCUAAUUACUUACAGCCCUCGAAAUACGACAAUCCAGAUUUCAAAGCACACGAAAGUGGCGAAUUUGUAACCGCGCUGCGAGUCAAGGAUGCACAGUAUUCGGCAGAGCACAGUCUUGUUAGCGGUUUUAUGCAAGACAAAGUCAGUUUGAAUGGGAAAGUUGACUUCGUGUAUAGUCAUAUCGAAACUCGUGACAAGGACGUCCAGGUUGGCCUAAAACUCGUUCCUAAAGCUGUCACAGUCGAAUCAGUUAGAAUGGAGAAUUUUAACGCUGUGAAUGAGGGAAAAGAAAUGGGUGAUGUAGAGCAAAUCAGUGCUAGUGCAAUGUUGUGCUCAAAACCAACACAAUAUGACGAAAUUUUGACGGAAUCAAAGGGAGUCACUGUUCUUCCAAUCGAAGCAGCUAAAGAUAUUCAAAUUGCACAUGAGAGGAAAACAUACCACGCCACGGUUGAACCAAGAAGAGAUCUUAGCCAACAAGGAUCCUACGCUGGCACACAUGCAGACCCUAGUAAUGCAUAUUUUGCAGGGCCACAGACCCGUAUUCGUGUUCAUCACACCCAGUUUUCCGCAAAAAGUGACCGUCAAAACAUUGACCUUAUUUGUGAUAACAGUAGACCCAAAGUAAAGAUUGAUUGUACUACACAAGUUGGGGCCACUUUUAUUCCCACUCAGAUAAAAAUGCAACAAGUGCGGCUUGACACGCAACGCGUACAAAGUCUGACCGGAUCUUCAAGGACUGAAACCGUUUUAUGCCCUACGGAUAUGAGCAUCUUCCCUAUACUCAAUGAGUGCUCCGGUGUCCAAAUAGCCGCGACCGAGUGCGUUUCUGAAAUUUUAAUCCAAAUGGCUCAAGGACAAUUUUCGACCGAAGUACUGAAUGAUUCACGUUCCAAGCAGAUGUGUAUUGCACUUAAGAAGGAAUCGAUCCCCAAGUCAAGAGAACUCUCCAGUGAGGUCAUUCCACUUCUAAAGCCGACUGUAGGAGUUGACGAAACUCAGAGGACUGAGUCAAUGAAUCGAAUGACAGGUUCAACUGCAUGCACAAUGAGCUCUAAAUUAGUUCAAGUGGGAACCCUGCUCAUACCUACAGGGAUCACCAUGGAAAAAGUGAAAGUGAAUAAUCUCGAAAUUGAAGUACCAUUGAGUCCUGUUAGAAGCGCUGAAGUAAGUGUAAGCGCGGUUCUUGCAUCUUCCGCGACGGAACUGAUAUCUGUCUUAACAAGCGAAUCGGGCAUUCAGGUUGUCCCUAUGUCCAAAGUUGAUGCGAUCGGAAUUCACGUGAACGGAGAGAGGUAUAUAGGAACAGUUGAUGCUUCCGCCUUUACACCAUCCACAGAAACCUUCCAAAAAUCUGGAGGUUUAGUUGACUCAAGCUCCACUUGUGCUCAGGAUACGCAAAGGAUAGUAAUUCCCAUAUCAGGAUCGAAUAUGAUUAGCAGUACACCAAGAAACGUGGAAGGUUUGCUGCGGAAGAGUAAAGAUUUGAGUCAACUUCACGAAGCACUCCACUCCGUUCAAACCAGACCGAGUCUCCGAGAGGCGAACUCUUUGUCAGUUCCUUCCUACUGUCGUCCUGGUCUGCUCCGAGUAUCAGAACAACACACCACUCCUGUGACCGGGUUGAUGACGAUACCUCCCAAACGUCCUGUUGUGGAAACUAGAGACGAUUCAGUGCAGGUUGGACUUAAUCUUGUGCCCCAAAUGGUUGAAGCUCGUGUUGUAAAGCCAGGUGAUGAGGAGGCUGCACUGACCCAAAUUCCAGGUAUUACGGUAGCAGAAUUUAAAGGUAACAUGUCUGCUCGCUAUAACAACACCGAGUACCAGGUGGAAUUAGGCAGCGAUGCUUCUAUUCCUCUUGUAAAUAGGCCUACUUCCCCUUAUCGAGACAAAUCAGUGCUUGAGGUGUCCCGUAAGUCAUACAUUGAGAAAUCUAUGUCUGGCAUUCCAAAGAUGCGUGAAACCUCCAUUGGCCCAGUAAAUAAACGUCUAAUUUCAUCGGCUUCCCAAGUGGGCACUCUACUGGUUCCAGUAAAGGUGUGUAUGGACAAAAUUGCUGUCGACCAGUUGGCUGUCGAUAUUCCGUUGACCGAGUGGCGAACAACAGAUCUGAGCGUCAGCGCAAUUCUCGCCUCGACUGCCACUGAAAUGGUGCCGGUAAUCACAGAUACGACCGGAAUUCAGAUUAUCGAAAUGAAGGAUCUUGAAGAGCUCGGAAUCCAGGUCGGGGAUGAAGUCUAUGUCGCUAGUGUUGUGGCACCACCAGUAAAGUACGUGAAUGCGGCCUAUGGUCCUACAAGGGAGUUUGCUGUUGGAGCUAAAAGUAGCAAUCGAAAACAGGAAGUUGUUUUUAUCUCUGCUCCAAAGACAAAUGAGACAGCUCAUUUGACGCACAAAGCGAAAAACCUUCUAGACCAGAGUGCCGAAUUACGAAAUGUCCACUCCCUUCUAACAUCUUCAUCUUUCCAACCACGCUUACGCAUUAUGUCAAAAAGUGGUACUUCUAUACCUUCGGCGGAAGGUAUAAGUGCUCAACAGUCGACGACAUCCAGGCCUUCUGAACAUUCAAUUUACACCUGCCCUUGUGGCCGUCAGUAUGUCUCCGCUGACUCCAGUUGCCGUCCAAUCACAGGCGUUUGCAACUCUCGCGACACACGUGGAGUCGUGGCGGGUAGAUCAGAGUCUGCAACCGAAAAAUCGAGAAUUCAAGAAUCCUACCAUGUUGCAUGUGAAGCUACUAUCAAACCCGAAAUGUUUUCAAAGCGUCUCACCGCAAAUGUUCACACUUCAUCCAACGAUGUGAGAUCUCAGUUCAAUUCUGCUGUUCCGAGAGAGAGCUCUUCUGUGGGCGGAACUACUGAUAUGCCAGAAAUGAAUAUCAACCAAGAAACUCAGCUUGUACCGGAGACCAUGACUACCCGUGAAGAGCCACUGUUACGAGCGGGCACACACUGUACAGUAAUGCAUAGGGAUUCACUCGCAAUCCCCACUUCGUCGAAAGGAAUAUCAAGAGAGGGAGUCUAUGUAACGGAUUUAAUUGAAUUCGGGGAUUCGCAAGCACAUUUCGGUCACCAACAGGCUAACGAUAUGACUUUGGAAACACUGCGUGGUACAAAUGAGGCUGCAACGAUAAAUCAAACCCCAAAACGCACUCAUUCUGCUGAUUCACGCCCGCAAAAGAUGGUGGAGCAUCUCUGUGUUAAUUGCCAAAACAAAUUGUUGCUGGCGGAAACCAGUACGGCAGAAUCCCAUGAUUCAAAUUCUGUUCAGGCGGCGAUUAUAAUUAGACGAAGCUCUGAUGUGGAUCUUUUUGAAACCUCCCAUUCCACUUCUAUAACCGAGGCUUCGAUCUUUCAACGCAGUUUCUUUCCAAGAGACUCGGGAAAACGUUUAUCAGGAUCAUUCGAGUCUUUGGGGAGCCAGUUAAUGACAACGAAAUGCGUAAUGUGUCAUAUCGACUUGACAUCUGGCGACCUCAGUACGUCUAUAAGAACAAGCACUUCUAGUCUUUUGGCCUCUGAGGCUGUGGUUAAUACGAGUUUGAAGGAAGUUGCUAAGGCGUAUGCGCGGAUAUGCCGGGCAACCGGGCAAUUCGAGGAUUCCGCUGAACCAAAAGAGCGUACAUCUCUUUAUCAAGCUUUGAAGCAUAAUCGAAUAAUUCAGGCUGUGAUUGCGGACUAUGAGAAGGAUAAAAAUAAGGAAGGAUUAUUCUUCAUAGAGUCCAAGGAAAUUGCCGAUGUUGUAGCGACGACUGAUAGGCAGACCAAUUAUUGUCCAAGUGAACCAUCAACGUAUUCUUGUUUAAAAAAUAACACUUUGGUUAAAAAGGUUGUUGAAAGCUAUAAGGCCUACAAGCACAAUCAAGGCAAGGACAAUUGCACGCAAACUGGACCAACACAACUAGUGGGAGUCACAUUUGCUAGUAGUGAUGUCCAGAAAGUUGCUGAGGUGGUAGAAGCAUUCGAGAAAUCGGAAGGACAAGUAUCGUCGAAAGGGGGUCUCUAUGCAAAUCUUAAAGAAAAUCCUAUUAUUCAACGAGUAAUCAAGGAAUACGAAGUCAGCAAAGGCGCAUACGCAGCAAUGGAACCAAGUAUAAUUAGAGCAGAGGCAGAACAUUCUUCUACUGCUGCCUCAAAAAUAGGAAUUAUCAGUGUUGAUGGUCAGGUGGCGAAAAUGGAAUCGGAGCAAUUCGCUUCUACGGAUUCGAUGACUCGAAGCAAUUUCCCGAUCAUCAGAAGAAUACAGAGGAGCAGAGCAAAUGAGAAUCUCAUCUCUUCCUCAGUCAGCAGUGAUUCGGACUAUGAAGACAAUGCUCAAAACUGGACGCCCACUCAACGCUCUCCUACCUCAUCGGGGGAGCAAACCCGAUUUGACGUGACCUGCUCAGCCCUCAUAACACCGGAGACAUGGGACAAGAAAGUCCAAGUCGACUCAACGUAUCAACAUUGA